CCUGAACAGCUGAACUGAUCAUUUCUUGUUUUGAUCUAACAGCAAAGAGACGCCAUGCUCAGGACUUCUGUGUUACUGUUUUUUGUACUAACCAAUGGCAUCACAGCAAAGCCACUAAAACCCUGGGAUGAACUUGGCAGUGAAGCAGUCCAAAAGGGUUGGGUAUCCAUUGAUGACAAAGGUAUGGCCUCCUGGGGAGUGGAAGUGGAGCCUCCUGAAGACAUGGAUGAAACCAGUUUUGACAUUGACCCUAGUAUGAAAAUCUGGAAGAGUGUGGAAAAUGAAGGCAAACAGUACCAAAUGGCUGAAGAAGAUUUGGAUGAUCUCCAACAUCCCUCAACAAAGGACCUUGUUAAAGUCUAUGAAGAAAACAUUCAGGAUGCCCUCCCUGCUGCUGAAGUGCCUGUAAAAGAUGUCACAAGUAAUGAAGAAACAGACUUAGAACAUCGGCGGUAUACAGAGCCUGAAGAAGACUGGGAUGAGCUUUACCACAGUGAACCGCAGCUGGACGAGUAUUUAGCGCCCCUAGUGGUGGGAUUUCAGGGUUAUCCGGUGGUCCGUCCAGUUCACUCUGAGCCAGAGAAAGAUGAAGACCACUUGUACCAUGCUGAUGUUGACUCUAGCAUGCAGCUGAUUCCACUGGAGCCUGAAAUAAUGGCAGAAAAUCAGGCAAGGCUUUACCUGGAGCCAGAAGAAGACAUGGACCACAUUUAUCACAAAGACGUCCCAGAGAUGACCCCCUUUAACAGUGAGCUGCAGCCUGCUGUUGUGGACUGGCCCACUCAGAAGAAACACACUGAGCCCGAGGAAGACCUGGAUGCCAUUUACCAUCAGUGAAUUCAAUAAAUCAUGUCAGAUGUCAUGUAACACUGUCUUAGUUUGGGCUAAAUCAGCAGUUAUACAAUGUUUCAUUGAAUUACUUUAUUUCAAUAAAGUCACAAAAAUCACAAAAUACAUAACUGAAUGCUAUUUUGUAAAUAAAACUUUUAUAAUAACUGAAUGCAACAUA